UUUUCUCAAUAUUUUGCAGAAUUGUGUGUACUGUAAGAUUUAAAGUUGAAUUAUUGACCCGCUUGGAAUGAGAUAGUUUAGUGACGAUUAGAGUUUUGUUACUUAUUAUCCAGUUAUUUUUGGCGUAUACUCAAGAAGUACAAUGGCGUCCAACCCACCUGCCAAAAUCGUUCUCAAAAGCUCAACCAAGGUCAGUCUUAAUGACCGUUUUUCUACGAUCAUGAAAACACAACGAACAACUUCCCAAACUGUGCGAGCUCAAAUGUCCAAUGAGAGAAUGGCAAGUGAAAAGAAUCGUCGACUCGCACAACAAAUGGAAAGACGGCCAGCAGUUGCUGCUGCGCUUGAUAAUAAGCCGGUGUCGAUUCGUGACAGAUUAGGAAGUCCUCCAGCACGAGGAAACGGGGAAUAAGACGGAAGGUUUCAAAGCCGUGGACAGUUCGUUCGAGGUGGUCGUGGUCGAGGAGGGUUUCCCAGUCCUCGCGGCAAUUCGUUAAAUAGAGGCCGCAAUCCAGGAAGACGUGGAUUUAUUCGUCCUACGAGAACUGGUAGAGGGCGUGGAACGGGUAUGAGAGGUAGAGGGCGUGGCAUAAGUCGUGGCAGAGGUCGGGGAGGUCGUCAAGGAAGAGGUGGAGCUAAUCGACGAGAACCUGCAGACAAAGACAAACUUGAUGAACAACUUGACAGUUAUAUGACUAAAACAAAAGGUGCAAUGAAUGCUGAGUUGGACAGCUACAUGGCCGAAAUGAACAAUUGAAUCCAAGAACAAUCAUGUGAUACUAUGGUUUCUUCAUUCGAGGGAGGCACCAUCCUUUUUGUAACAUUUGUUAUUCGAGUUGGUCUAACCACUGCUGUGCGUGUGUGAGUUUUAGAAUUUUAUAUCGAUUCAAGGUGGGUUAUACCAAAUAAUCCAUUACAAAAAGAUGGCUGUCAAUAGUCUUGUCUUUUAAAUUAGAAAAGCAAUAAUAAUCAUUUUUUCUCAUCUGGCUAUCUACAAUCUUGAUUACUUGGUAUAUAGGCAAUGUGUAGACAUUUGUGUAUGGUCUUUUUUGUAUUUCUCUGCUGUCCGUAUUCUAAAUUGAUUUUGUAAACAGCAAAACUGUCGCAUUCCUAUUUUUUUUGCUAAAUUAUGGAAUUUUUUACCACAUAAAUGACAGAUUUUAGGAACUGUUUUGAAAACUUUUCUGAUUUUGAAUUAUGUUUUGGGCCAAUGUCUAGUUGUCUUUAAAUGGAGAAAUUGUACAAAAUUCUUGUUUCCAAAAAUUUGAUGAUGAAUUAGUUUGACACAUAUUUUAUACUACAUUUAUGUUAUUCCAUUUCAAGAUUUAGACCGAUCUUAUUUCUGGUUUUCAAAAUUUAUUGUGCUUCAUUUGUUGAAAUGCAUUUACAAUUAUUUUUGAUAACAUCAUGUUUAUAGAGGUGAUUGGUGGUGGUAUAUUAUUGCUUGUGAUAAAUGAAUGGACAAUUGUAAUGCAUUCGCAAUUCAUUUUUAGAGUUGUAUUUAGAAUAUUGUAUCAUUGAGAAUACCUAGUUCUUUGAGGUGGAAUCGAAUCUAUCGACAUCUGAAAUAAUGACGAAGUAAUCUUGAACAUAUUUCAGGAGAAGAUUGGAUGCGGAAUUUUGUGACUUGCAAUCAUUCUUUGGGCUCUGAAUAUCUUGCUUCAAAUACCUGUGGUGGUAAUUUAUGGAAUGCAAGUCCACGGCUUAUUUGCUAUGAUUGAUACAGAUAUUGUUGCAUGACAUAUGAAAACACACACAAACUAUUGAGCAAUUUGUAAAUUGCUAUUCAUGAGCAAACACUACCACAGGUAUAAAGAUGUUUGCCCUAAGAAGCUUGUAUGAAGAUGAGUAAAUUAUGGACACUAACAUUUGAAGUUAAUCAACUCCUAGACUGAGGAUGCCGUAAUGAAGUGAAGAAGAAGAAUUUUAAAGUCUUCAACCAUUAAAGAGAAAUCAGGGUUCUGCUGCUAUCAAUAAUAAAAUUUCUUUUUAUGUGAUAUUGCAUUCAAUAUAUUUUGCUAUUAUUUUAUUUCUUCAAUAUGCAAUUUUUGUAAUUUUUUAUAUGCAUAGA